AUGGCGGAAAUCGUCCAGCAGCUGAUCGGUAAUCCAGAAGAAGUUUCCCCUCAGUUAGGGGGGAGCUCCACUUUGAAGCAGGAGACUCCACAACCACCCUGCAUUAAAAAGGAAGAGGAGGAACUCUGCAUCACUCAGGAGGGAGAGUGUCUUCUAGGACGAGAGGAAGCUGAUUACACCAAGUUUCCACUGAGUAUUCUCUCUGUGAAGACUGAAGAUGAUGAAGAGAAACCACAAGACGAAGACCAGGUUGAAGAACCUUUGAGCAGCAAUAAAGACUGUGAAGAUGUCCAGCAAGACAACUCUGAUUCAGAAGAGGAAGUGGAGGAUGUAUCAGAAGAAGAAGAUGGGGAGGAAUACAACCCAGAGCAUGAUGAAUCAUCUUCAGAAGAAGAAGAACACCCUGAAGCUGAAAGAGAGACUUUCCUUUCAAAAAAUGGCAAAAUAACAUGGUCCUCAGCAGCAUAUGACCAACACGGCAGGCAUGCAGAACAAAACGUCAUAAAGAUGACCCCAGGACCCACAAGGUAUGCUGCUUCUCAUGCCCAUGACAUUGUCUCUACAUUCUACCUGUUUAUCACACCAGCAAUAGAAAAAAUAAUCCUGGAGAAAACAAAUCUGGAGGGUUUUCGCAAAUAUGGAAACAGCUGGAAAAAGAUGGAUGAGACUGACCUGCAGGCCUACUUAGGGCUGCUAAUCUUAGCCGGUGUAUACAGGUCCCGAGGUGAGGCUGCAGCUAGUCUAUGGGAUGCAGAGAGUGGAAGGCCAAUUUUUCGAGCCACAAUGCCACUCCAACUCUUUCACACCUACUCAAGACUGCUACGAUUUGAUGACCGUGAGUCAAGACCAGCAAGACGUGUGACAGACAAACUUGCAGCCAUAAGAGAGGUCUGGGACAAGUGGGUGGAGCGGCUGCCCUACCUCUACAAUCCAGGGCCUGACGUAACAGUGGAUGAGCAACUGGUUCCAUUUAGAGGUCGUUGUCCUUUCCGGGAGUAUAUGCCCAGCAAGCCAGCAAAAUAUGGGAUCAAGUCAUGGGUGGCUUGCGAUGCCAAAUCAAGCUACGCUUGGAAAAUGCAAGUCUAUACCGGGAAGCCGACCAGUGGAUGCCCAGAGAAGAACCAGGGGAUGCGAGUUGUGCUUGAUGUGACAGAGGGACUGAGGGGUCACAAUCUGACAUGUGACAAUUUCUUCACAUCUUAUGAACUCGGACAGCAGCUCCUGAAGAGGAAGAUCACCAUGGUUGGUACAGUUCGAAAGAACAAGCCUGAGCUUCCACCUGCACUGCUCGCGUCAAAGGAGAGAGAGGUUUGCUCAUCAAAGUUUGCCUUCACGCCCACCACCACUCUAGUUUCUUACCUCCCAAAGAAAAACAAGAAUGUAGUUCUUCUGAGCACACUGCACACAGACGGUGACGUUAGCGAUCGUGAGGACAGGAAGCCAGUCAUCAUCCUAGACUACAACCGCAACAAGGGAGGUGUGGACAACCUAGAUAAGGUGAUUGGCACAUACAGCUGCAGAAGGACGACUGCCCGCUGGCCCCUGGUCAUCUUCCACAACAUCAUUGAUGUUUCCUCCUACAAUGCCUUUGUGAUUUGGAGAGAGAUCAACCCGACCUGGAUGUCUCAUAAGCAGAACAAGCGGAGGGUGUUCCUGGAGCAGCUGGGAAAGGCACUUGUGAUUCCACUAAUUGAAAGAAGGAAGCAUGUCCCCCGCACAGAAGCCUCAGCAGCAGUUGUGAAAGCUAUUCAGAGUGCAGGAGCUCCUGAUCAACCUGAGGAUCCAGCUACCACAGCCACUUCCCCAGCUAGGGCAAGUAAGAGGAAGAGAUGUCAGUUCUGCCCUCAAAAGAAGGACUGUAAAACACAUACUGUGUGCUGUAGUUGCAAGAAAUACAUCUGCAAAGGCUGCGCACUUGCAUACUGCCCUACAUGUGCCAAUUAGUAGAUUGGGUUAUGUUAUUUUUCAUAUUUUUGUAUUGUACAUUGUCUUCAAUUGUUGAAAGAAAAGAGAGAAACUGAGUCAUUCGUCUUAGAAUUGAUUUUAAAACCUUGCUGUUUGUUUUUAAAGCUUUACAUGGAAUGGCACCUCAGUAUAUCUCGGACCUCAUCCAAAUUUACAAUUCUGCGCGCGCUCUGAGGUCCGAGAGCCAGCUCCAGCUCGUAGUGCCCAAGACCAGACUUAAAACCAGGGGAGACAGGGCCUUCUCUGUGGUCUGGAACACUCUGCACCUCCAUGUUCAAACUGCUCCCACAGUGGAGUGUUUUAAGUCUCGUCUUAAGACCCACUUUUAUUCUUUGGCUUUUAACACUACGUGAGUUGUGGUCUUCUGUUGUCCUCUGUGUUUUUAAAAUUGUGAUUUCUAUUUACUGUUUUAAUUGGUUUUACCCUUUAAAGGGGAACAUUAUCACCAGACCUAUGUAAGCGUCAAUAUAUACCUUGAUGUUGCAGAAAAAAGACCAUAUAUUUUUUUAACCGAUUUCCGAACUCUAAAUGGGUGAAUUUUGGCGAAAUAAACGCCUUUCUAAUAUUCGCUCUCGGAGCGAUGACGUCACAAUGUGACGUCGCAUCAGGAAGCAAUCCGCCAUUUUCUCAAACACCGAGUCAAAUCAGCUCUGUUAUUUUCCGUUUUUUCGACUGUUUUCCGUACCUUGGAGACAUCAUGCCUCGUCGGUGUGUUGUCGGAGGGUGUAACAACACGAACAGGGACGGAUUCAAGUUGCACCAGUGGCCCA